GUGGAGGACUUCAACCAGUUCUGCACCUUUGUUCUGGCCUACGCAGGCUACAUCCCAUACCCCGAGGAGAAUGAGCCCUGGCCCCACGGCGGCAGCAUGAGCCCCCAGAACAGCACGGGGAGCACUCAGGACAGCGACAGCUGGGCCUCGUCCCACUCCUCCGACUGCCACAUCCUGACAGAUGACAGGAGGAGCCGGAACGCGGUGGCCAGGGGGGCUGCGGACACCAGCCUGCUCCUGAGCUGCUCUGCCUUCCCCACCGCCUUCUACGAUGUCCGGCCCCAGCAAACCAAGCGGAAGAAACCACCCGCAAAGAAACUCCUUUUGGAGCAGGAGAUGGAGAAGAGGGUGCCACUGGGCGCUGGGAAGGGCUUCGGGGCAGGGCAGGACGGGGUGAAGGAGCUGGCUGCGCUGGAGGCACCGGUGCCUCCCGGGAAGGAGCAGCUCCUGGAGCCUUCCCCCAGCCCGGCUGCGGACCCCCAGCCCAGCUCCCUCCUGGAGGAGCUGAUGAAGGAGGAGAAGGACUGGGUGCACAGGGCGCAGGGGACAGAGAAGCCAGCAGGAGAUGAUCCUCAGCUAAAGGAGCAUGACCCGUGCUCUGGAGGGAGGAAAAGCCCCGGUUCUUGUAGUACCUUGGACCAAAGCGAAGGGGAAGACGCGAGCAGAGGGAGCUCUCAGCUGAGCGCAGCGGAAUUCGCAGCAGCUCCCAACACCAAAGCAGAAGAUGACGACGCCUGGGAUCUGAUCACCUGCUUCUGCCUGAAGCCCUUCGCAGGGAGGCCCAUGAUCGAGUGUAACGAGUGCGCGACCUGGAUCCACCUCUCCUGUGCCAAGAUCCGCAAAUCCAACGUGCCUGAGGUUUUCAUCUGCCAGCGAUGCCGCGAUGCCAAGCAGGAGAUCCGCCGCUCGAACCGAGCUCGGACGGUGCCCCGCAAGCGCUUCUGUGACUGA